AUGUACGAUGGAGAACCUGGUCGAGCUGUGAUCUCUGCUCAGUUAAACAUUAAAGACGAGUUUUUUUCUUCAUCAUCCUUCCUCCAGAUCGUCAUCAUCAUGUUAAAACCGAGCCGUCGUCUGUGCACCGUUGGGUUCCUGGAGUUAAAGCACAUUUUUGUUCAACCUUUUCUGUUACUGUCACCAUUCGCAGGACUUACAGGAGCUGGGGGUUUGCAGGUGGUCUCCACUGGUCCACAGACAGUCCUCAAGGCAGAAGGUGACAGUGUAGUCCUGGGCUGCAAGUACAGGAGUUCUCUCAGAGUUGACUCUGGAGAUUUGGACGUGGAGUGGUCUGCCCUGAGUCCAGACUCCACCCACAAGGACCAAAUGCUCCUCUCCUUCUCUGGAGGAAUCACGUACACCCAUGACCAGGUUCUUGGCAAAGGUCUGAGCUUCACAGUGACAGAUCCUUCUCAGGGCGACGCUUCACUCUCCAUCGCUGCUCUGACCCCUGCUCACAGCGCCACCUACCAGUGUAAAGUGAAGAAAGCACCUGGGGUGGACACAAGGAAGGUGACUCUGAUGGUUCUGGUGAAACCCUCUGAACCCCAGUGUUGGCUGGAGGGAGACCCGUGGGUCGGAAGGGCUGCAGCGCUGCAGUGUCACUCUAACACAGGCUCAUCCCCCUUGAAAUAUUCAUGGAGGAGAGAAGGUGGAGUACAACUUCCUGUCACUGCCAAGCAGAACAGUGUCAGUGGUGAGCUGAAAAUCACAAACCUCACUCUGAGCUCUGCAGGGUUUUACUUCUGUGAGGUGAACAAUGCUGUGGGAGCCGAGCGCUGCAGGAUCAACCUGAGAGCCAUGACACCUCCAAACAGCUCAGCAGUGAUCGUUGGCAUCGUGGUUGGUUCCCUGCUCCUUAUCUUCAUCCUGCUGGUCUUCAUCAGUCUGAUCUACUGGAAGCUGAGCAGCAGGUGGCACCAUGAGAAGGAGUUUUCUAAUGACAUAAGGGAAGAUGUUGCACCGCCUCAGAGUCGCCCCGUCAGCCGCCACACGAGCCGCUGUAACAGUCAGCACCACCAGGGGUUCUACAGUCCAGUGGUCAGAGCUGAGACCGAUAUAAAAACACAACCAUCGUCAUGGGACAACAGCAAUGGCAACAACACGCCGGUAAAAAUGACAGCAGUGGAAUAUAACAAGGCCUACGGCUACGCGGUCUGACUGACAAUACAGAAGUCCAUAGAGAAAAUCAAUGAUAUUACCUCAGACAAAAGUCCAUAGAGAAAAUCAGUGAUUUUUAGCUCGGACCAAAGUCCAUAGAGAAAAUUUAAGAUUUUUACUACUACACCUGACCUAGAAAUGAUCAGAGAUUUUACCUCAGGUCCACAGAGGUCAAUCUGAAGAGAGAGUUUUCAACAGUUAAGUCACAAAAUAACACUGUGGAUGUUUCCUGCCAGAAAAGAUCAAACAGUUAGCAAUGUUAAUUAAAGACUGGAAACUGGAAACUGAAAAAACAUGUUCCUUAUUUUAAAACAAAAGAGAAAUAUUUAUUUCAUGAUAGACCUCAUCUGGAAAUAUUUUUAAAAUAAAAAAUGUACACAAUGAAGUUUUCUCUGAGGAUGUACAUACAGGAAGUCGACAUAUCAACAGCUACAUGCAAUGGGUUUAAAGUCCACUACAUCAACAGCGAACAGGCCCCGCCCACCCCAUUAUCCCUCCCAGUCCCUUUUCUUGACUUUUUUCAGAAUGAUUGUGAAUAAAAAAGCUCACGCGUUGACAGUGAAGAGUUUGGAAAAUAAAGACGAAACCUCCAGUGGAACAUGUGACAGUGUGAGAAGAGCUGAAGUGUUCAGUGAGUGCACAGUACUUCACACUCAGACCAAUGGUACUCAAUUUGAGUCAAAGGUCAAAGGUCAAAGAGAUAGAGGAAGAGACCAGUGAAACAAACAAAUUAAAAUAAAUAAAACAGAAGACGAAUCAGACAUUGAGUUCAUAAAGUGAAAUUAUUUUAAGUUAAUUCUGUUCUAUGAUGAUGGCAUAUUUUGAAAAAUUCAAAUUUGAAUUUAGUGUUUGGGCAAAGUUUCUGAUGUCAUCACGAGAUGAGAUUUAAUAAAAUUUUCAUCAACCAAAGAAAUAUUGAAUAUUAUCUCAACAAACACCAGAGUAGAGCGCCCACUAGUGUUGUUAUUAUUUCUUACACUUACAAAUAAUUUUUCUACAUUUCAGUCAUAAUUAUUACUAAAGGGAAAUUAUUUAAACCUGUAGCACUAAAGUAAAAAGGACCCAAACACAACCCUCAGACUGGAAGUAAAUGGACACACUGAACACUUCAGACAGAAAAGUAAAAAUAAAUCCAGGUAGGAUUAAAGGUUCCUUCUGUGAACUUAUGUCAUGAUCGUUUUCUCCUUCAGAUGAAACCUCCAUUUUUCUUUUUCCUCCUCUAUUACUCUUAAUUUUUUUAUAAUAAGCACCAAAAUACCGGGUUUGACACCUGUGUAGAUUUUACUAAUAAUAAAGUAAAAGAAUCAUCUCAUCAUCUGCAAAAUUACCUGUAAAAAAAUAAGGCAGAGUACGAGUUCAAUCAUGGCUGAGAUUGGCAUUAAAUAAUUAAAAAAACACAAGCAAUAAAUGAUCCAGUUCUUACAACUAACAAUUAAUCACAUCGGCUCUGUGCAAAAAAACAAACAUUAGAACAAGACGGUUUCCAACAGCUGAAUAAGACAGAGUAGAGAAUUUGCUGAUGCUUCCCUUUGUUAUUACAGAAUGCAUCUCUAAUCACCGAGCACAUUACCAGUACAGAGACUGUGGUCCGAGAGAAAAUCAGUGAUUUUAGCUCACAGACCAAAGUCCAUAGAGAAAAUCAGUGAUUUUAGCUCAGACCAAAGUCCAUAGAGAAAAUCAGUGAUUUUAGCUCAGACCAAAGUCCAUAAAGAAAAUUAGUGAUUUUAGCUCACAGACUUUACUGUCCACUGCUGCCUCAAGUGGUCAGUUAGUGUCACUGAAGUAAACCUGAACUAAGCAAUUUGAGUUCUCCAAAUAACAUUAGAAGUUAGUGAUUGAGGCAGCAGUUGAUCAAUACCUGCGCCAACCUCUAUGAGCUAAAAUCACUGAUUUUUACUGUGGACUUUGGUAUGGGAAACUGAUAUUGUCAUCUUGUCAUAGGUGUCAUGUAUCCAAUUAUUGGACAUUUUUAAAACUUAAACAACUCACUCUCCCAUGACGAAUUACAUUACGAAAAACAGUGACUGAAGCUCACAGACCAAAGUACAUAGAAAAAAAAUCAGUGAUGUUAGGUCAAAGGGGAGUUCACAUUAGUCUGUGGUCACUGACAUCACUGUGGACUUUGAUGCUG